GGCGUCGCCACCGCCACCAUGAUGCCUGGGGAGACCCCGCCGGUGGCCGCGGCAGCGGGGAUUGCGGCGGAGGCGGCCACGGCCUGCGCCAACUGCGGGGCUCUGCAGCAAAAUUUAAAUGAAUAUGUAGCUGCCUUAAUUGCAUUAAAGCAAAAAAUAAUUGAUACAGACCACUUGCUGACAGAUUAUGAACAGAAGUGCAAUGAUAUCUUUUCUGUGUUUCUUUUCUUAGAUGAGAUUCGUAAUUUGUAUUUGAUGGGUGUAGCAUUAUAGGAAAUCUUUA